AGUGCUCUAAUGAUGAAUUUAGGAUUGCAGCCAACAACGAUUCCUAAUCCAUAAUCUAACACACAGUAGCCCCCAUCUAUAUUUGGUUAGCGUAAUUCGAUAAUUCUAAUAUAGCGCAAACAUUGCCACCAGCAAACUAAACACAAUAAGGAUUAUUGCCGUAGCCAUAACCAGUUCAAUAAUUGCAGCCACUAUAGCCUACGACUGCAACUGUGUAAGCUCAAAAUCAAGCAAUCAAGAAAAGCGAAUUCGAGAACCUGGUUAAGUAUUACAAGGAAAAGCCAGAAUUGGUAAUUUAUGAUUGCCUAAUAUUCAUAGACAAAAUAAUAGGAAUUGCAACUAUUCGUGUAGCAAACCAAGUAUUUAAAAAACAGGAUCCAGAAAAAAUUCCAAAAGCAAAUCAAUGUUAAACAAACUCAAUGUAUUAUUUAAAUAAUUAUAUUAGAUUUAUUGGUUGACACUCUCAGUUAAAAGGUGUGUUAAUUAUUUCAAAAAUUUAACUUGAAUGAGCGUAAUUUAGAAUACACCAAGAAGGAUGAAUUAUAGAGAUUGAGUCAAAGAAUCAAAGCAGAUCAAGAGAAACAAAAUCUAUUGUUUUAAUCUUAACUUAAAGUCAAGGAGUUGUAUUCGCAACAAGUGUCCAACUAUUUAGAACUCAACAACAAAUUCCAAAUGAACAAAAAUGUAACAAUAUAUAUACUAGCAUCAUUUAUAGAUGAUAAAUUCAAUUUAGAAAAAAGAAGCGCUAACACAGAGUAGACAGACAAAAGAACUAAUAAACCUGUUACAUGAGAAUAAAGCAGAUCAAGUCUAACCAAAGUCGGUCUCCAUCAAAUCUAUCUCUUUUAACACACACAAUCAACUAAUUAUUGAAAAAUUGUUUAUUGAAUAGGAAUUUUACUAAAAAUUGGAGCAAUUUUUGGAAUUCUAAAAUUUACUAAAAAUCAAGGAGAAUAUCGAUAAAGCAGACUAUUACGAAUCUUUGUUUUCAUGCUUUGUUAACAUCCAAAGUGAUCACAAAGAUAUUAUGAGAUUGUUAUCUCUCCAAUUUAAAGGAAUUUAGUUCCAAUCCCAAAAAAUUCAAAAGGAUCUGCUUUAGAACUCAAUACGAUUGUUGGAAAGUGAAAUGAGCAGAAGAAUUGGUGUCUUGGAUUUAGCCAAUAUUAAUUGUAAUCCAUAUUCUGCUAUCUUUAGAGAAAUUUAAAGAUAUUUACUAUGAUAUCUUGGCCAAAGGUCUAAACAUUCAGAGAGUUGGGUAAUAUUACCCAAGUGGAAUUUUAUUCCUAUUGAUGAGGUGUGGAUAAUUAUAAUAAGCAAAAUCUAUCAUGUUUUAAGUUGCCAAGAAUCAAAAAUACUAAUUGUUUUUUGAACUCUUGGAAGUUAGGAAGUAAUUGUUUUUAAUGUAUCUAUUAGUGAAACAAAUCAAUAGAAAAUAUAAAAGCUUGAUUAAUUUUGCGAUGAUGACUUAUUCGAAUAAUGUUAUUUGAUUGCCUUCGAUUCUGGGUCAGUAUCAUAGGUUUUUGAAAACAAUCACUUUCCAUAAGAUCAAGAUUUAUUCCUAUGGAUGACUCUAAAAACUACUCAUAUCCAAAAUAAUGACUAAAGUGACAAUUGGUCAUUGCAGGAUCUAUAAGAUGCCAUUCCAAGGAAGAUUGGCUAUAAAAUGGACAUUCUCUUACAAAGGUAUGAGGAAGUCUUAAAGGAAAUUUACAAUUCUUCUGCUUCCUUAGUUUCUAAAUUAGAAUACUUCACAUUAUUCUUUAUUGUGCAAUCCCUUUUGAGUAUAGAAAAUGAAAAUACAAUAAUUGAAUUGAAUUUAAUUUUGAAUGAUAUCCUAGGAUAGGUAUUUGAAAAAUACCCAGAUAUCGGAGGAUUACUAAUAAUACUUACUGAACCUAAUCUUGAGCAGGCAAUCGAUAAAAUUCAGACUGAGAUGAUGAAAUACAAAUAUGGAGUUGAAGUAUUUUAGAACAAAAAAUUCUUUGAAAAUUUUGAGAAUAUGUUUGGAGACAAUCAAAAAACUUAGGAUUUUAUUGAAUCUAUAGUGCAAGAGCAGUUCUAAUAAAAUCUUCUUGAAUAUCAUAAAGAUUUUAUUGAAAACAUCAUCAAAGGAAAUAACAUUGUAACUUUAUACAUUUAAUUAGAACGAAUUGCUGGCAACACAUAAAGCUUUUAUUAACAAUAUCGAUAUGAGAAUGGAAGAUCUUAAGAGCUAUUUAGAAUUCAGAAAAACAGGAUUUACUCAUUUAGCAAUGAAUUUAUACUACAUAUCUGGUAUAAUAUUGUUGACAACGGAAUGUUUAUUCAAUUUGAAGGCUCAAGAGUUAAGAUUUACUUCAAGUGCUACACCUAAGUUUUUUGUUAAAAACAAUAACAACCCCAAAUAAUAUUACAAUCUAUUUUCAACAGUUUACUAAAUUGCUUUGUCAAAUCCUAGACAGAAGCACACUUUUGAUUUGUUGUAAGCCUUUAACUUUUUGAUACAAUGCAGCAAAAUUGAAUAAUUCAAUGAAAAUAAAUUUAAGUAAUAUUUAGUAUAAAUUGACAUUUCAAAAUUAACGAAGAUUUUAUUAGCGAACAAGUAGUUGUAUUUAUUGAAACUAUUUUUUUGGAUGAUAGACAUAACACUUGAGAUUCAUGAUAAAAAGAUAGAGGAAUACAAGUAUAUAUAUAUGUAUAAUAUUUACAAUAGAAACAUGAAAGAAACAUUCUAGAGGAUGAUUAACAAUAAAUCAUAUCAAAAUAUUGUUCUAAACUCUUUAUUUUUGAUAAACAGAGAGGUUGAUUUACAUUUUUAAGAUUUCAAAUUAAUGCCAAAAUGA